GCAAAGACGCGGCUGGAGGAGAGAGGAUACCUACCUGUUGAAGAGCAGCGGGGCUUGGUGUAAAACCAACUUUUAUUCACUCACUUGUAGUUUUUAAUCCGGGACAGUCAGAGCCUGAGGCUUCAGGAUGACGGACACUCUUUUACCAAACGGCAUUAAAGGCAGCGGAGGAGACAGCACGUACUUCAAAAAGGGUUGUAACCCGUUCGCCCAGACUGGACGAAGCAAACUGCAGAAUCGGCGAGCCAGCCUGAACCAGCAGAUCAUCAAACAGAUGAGGAUGAGGGCCGGAGCAGAGAACCUGCUGAAGGCUUCAACCAACAACAAGGUGAAAGAGAUGGUUCUGUUAGAGCUGAGCUACGUGAACUCAAACCUGCAGCUGCUGAUGGGACAGCUGGAGGGGCUCAACAGCUCAGUGGAGGUCUACCAGAGCACCCAGGAAACAGCCAACAUACCCCUCAUUGCUUUGGGUCUAAAGGAGACUAAAGAAGUUGAUUUCUCCACUUUUUUCAAGGACUUCAUCUUGGAGCACUACAGUGAAGAUGCAGACAGUUAUGAAGAUGAGAUUGCUGACCUCAUGGACCUUCGACAGGCUUGCAGAACACCGAGUCGAAACGAGGCCGGAGUCGAACUGCUGGCAAAAUACUUCAGCCAUCUUCCUCUGAUGGAGAGUCGAUUCUUCUCGCCAUCCCGUCAAACAGGCAUCUUCUUUACCUGGUAUGACUCCUUCACAGGAGUGCCUGUAUGUCAGCAGAACUUGUCUCUGGAGAAGGCCAGCAUCCUCUUCAACAUGGCCGCCCUCUACUCUCAGAUUGGCACACGAAGCAACCGCCAGACGAUAGUUGGCCUGGAGGAGGCCAUCUCAUCAUUUCAGAAAGCUGCAGGAACCCUGAAUUACCUUAAAGAGACAUUCACCCACACCCCCAGCUACGACAUGAGUCCAGCCAUGCUCAGUAUGUUGAUCCGCAUGAUGCUCGCUCAGUCACAGGAGUGUCUGUUUGAGAAGACGGCUCUGCCUGGGAUCAGGAACCAGUUCUCUUCCCUCCUGAAGAUGGCUCAGGAGGCAGCAAAGGUCUCAGAACUCUACGAUCAAGUCCACCAGUCCAUGAUCCAGACACCUAUCAAAGACAACGUGCCGUUUUUCUGGUCCACCAUGUCACAAGUGAAAACCAACCACUACCGCUCCAUGGCACACUACUUUGUGGCCUCAGCACUCCUCGACCACCAGUUGGGUCCCAGUGACGAUGAGGACCAGCAGGAGAAGACUUUGUCUCAGGUGUAUGAUCGCCUUCCAGAGGGACGCUCUCCUCUGGACAUCCUGAAAAAGAAAGAUGAACGUGAACGCAUCGGUAAAGCACACAUCCGUAGGGCCAUCCUGGGUCAUGAGGAGGCCCUGAGGAUCUACGGUUUGUGCCACCACCUGAACAAGCUGGACAUCCUGCAGGACAUUUUAAAAGCCAGUCACCAGAGCUCGCUCAACAAGUUCAGCGAACAUGAAAGUGAGGACGAGUUCACAGACUACACAGAAGCUCCAGACAUCAUCCCUAAAACUGAGCACAAAGCAGAGAUGGAGGUUCCUGCCACCACUAAGGUGAAAGUCACUGACUUCUUCCACCGGCUGGGCCCUCUGUCAGUCUUCUCAGCAAAACAACGAUGGACGGCACCGCGGAUGAUACGACUCCGUCCUGUGGACAGAGACCUGGGCUUCACUCUGAAAGGAGAAUCACCUGUCCAGGUGGUUUCAUUGGACCCCCUCUGCCCAGCUGCUGCUGACAGUCUGAAAGAGGGCGACUACAUCAUCGCAGUAGGUGACACAGACUGUAAAUGGAUGGGUGUGGGUGAGGUGAUGAGGCUGUUGAAGGACGUGAAUGAGGAUGGGAUCGACAUCCAGGUCGUGAGCAUGAUGGAAAGCAACCCCCAGAUGCCCACCAAAAGUGCCACCUUCUGUGGAAACCUACCUAAGACCUACUCCAUGAUCUGUCUGGCCCACGAUGACGACGAGAAGAAGUCCCGCAAAGUAACCAAGAAGUCAUCUUUUCUCAGCUGGGGUCUGAAGAACAAGCUGAAAAGCGCCAGCACCCUCAGCCUCCCCACAGCUGAUCACUCCGGAGCUCUUCCCUGGAACAAACCCUGCCCCACCUUCCCCAGCUCCAGUUCCUACAACAAUGACAGUGUCCUCUACUGAGCUGGCUGCAGACUAAAGACUGUCUGCUGGCUUUAUAGAGUACACAGAUGAAGCCUGUGUACUGUACUGUGUUGUACCUGUAAAGGGCCUGUUCUGGCUACAGUACAGCACCUUUAUUACUCUAAGCAGUAGUGCAUGUCGCUGUUACAUCACCAGUGUAAUGAUAACAUUGCAACCAGUUACCUUUGAAAGUGACUGUGCCAAAUACUGUUAACAUGCAGGUGUCUUUGUUGGUAGAUGGGCACCUGCCCUGCACAGACCAGUAAACUGGAUUGUGCAGGAUCAUUGUCCUGUACCAUGCCAGUAUGCCUACAAUGAUAGACUGUUUAAAAAAAAUUAGACAUAAAGUACCUUUUGGGUUAAGAAAUUGCAUUUUUAGGCCACAGCUUCUGCCAUAAUUUCUUGUUAUUUUCGGGCUAGAGAGGACCAUUUUUACAAGAGGGUUAAUACUAUUUUCCAAGUCUCUACCCCUGUUGGCAGGUCUUUUCAAUCAAGAAAGCCAUGUCUAGUAGCACGCCCUGCUCUGAUGGGAAAUUAUGCUCUAAAUUAGACCAUAAUUUACAAAAUUGGCAUCACGCUGUUUUCAAAAAGGAUUUGAAACCAGUGAUUUAGACAGCAAUCCCAUAGGAAAACCCAAAUUCGUGUAAUAAAUCAAAUGACUGAGUCAUUUUCCAACCUGCUUCAUUCAAUCAGACUUCUUUUUGCAACCACUGCAGUCGCCUUCUGCUGGCCAGUAUAAACAAAAAUGCAGGUUGUAGACAAACCAGCGGUAGCAUUACUUUUUUAAAGCUAUUUUUUGUGCAAAAAUGUGAAACAAAACAAGUACUAUGCAGCAGAAAACAUGGUGUAGGAGGAGAGUUACAAUAGCUGCAAAGCACUGAGACAAAAUCUUGAUGGGAUUUAAAUUAACAAAGAAACAAAAAUACUUACUUUAAGAAAUAUCAACAAAAAGAGAUAGAAGAAAAGAGGGGCAUCAGGUUUUUUGCACUUCUUCUGUACAGUCUAUGUGUACAGCACAGCACAGCUGCACUUGUGUAAAAACACACCAGAUAUCAUUCCAGUCUGUAAAUAUUCAGCACAGCGACAAGGCAAACUGUCCUUCAGUUUGCUCCAGACGAACUGAAGGACAGAAACAAAGUCGCACAAACACACCCAGCACUGGGCACAGCUCUGCUGCAAAGGGGGUAAUUUCACUGUGGCUGAAACAGUCCCUUGUUAGCUCCAUUGUGUACUGAUGUAGCUGUGCACUGUGCAGUUUUGUUCUCAUGUGUCUGUUUCAUACUUUUUAUGCCAGUUGUCAGAUUUGCUGUACAUGUAUAUUCUAAAAACACAUGGAGAUGACAUGAACCUAGUUGCAGUAUAUUACAUAACAAUUGAGGGAUAACCUGUACAGAUGUUUUUGGAUGGGAAGAUUAGAUGAAUGCAAUGUUAAAUAAGCUGCUAAAAUCAUACAUAUACCUUAGUUAUGUAAUAAUGUCAUUUUGUGUUUGUGAGACAGCCUUUUAGGAUUAUGAUUCUGCUGAGUAUCAUGGCUGUGUAAAUGGAAAUAUGGGUAUUUUAGGUUUAUAUGUCUUGCCAGUAAUGCCUCAGACCAAAAUGCCUGGAUGUACCAUUUAUCACCCUGACUCAUGUUACCCUGUUCUGUCCUGCUCUGAAAGUUUGUGCAUUUGUAAGAAGAGAAUGUGCUGUUAAUGUGAAUCUAAGCAUAGUUAAAGGUUGUUUUGUCUCCAGAAGGGAAGAAUGUGGACAGGCCAGCGAUAGCCAGUCACCCAGCAGUGACUUUGAUCAAAGUCCGCAGUCAGGUUUUUACUCUUUGUCUGAAUCAUCACCAUCCCACAUUUAACUGACACUCUGCAGUGUUGGACUAUCUCUUUAUCUACAAAGUAGAUUCCUAUACACAUUUGAUAAUCAAAUUAUUUAUGUAAUUAAAACAUACACAAAAAUAUAAAUAUUUACUUGUAAAAUUGUAGGAUUUGUCUUCUCUAUUUGUGAAUGGUCAAGUUGUGAAUAUUUGCACGUUGGAUUUCUGGGUUGGUCUCUUGAAGGAAUGUAUUUUACUAGCCUUGCUUAAUCCUUUGGUGAAUUUAUAUUCUGGUACAUUUUGUCUUUGUAGGGAUGUUUAAAACAAAAAACUGAGAUGUAACACUCUUUGCUGUCUCUGUUUACCUACAUUAGUGUAUUAAGUGCCAUGUAUGCUUUAUUAUGAAGGAAAAUAUCACAAU